AUGGUUAAAUCAGAUCGUGUAGACAUCCUUAAAGAUUUUAUUAGAAUAGCUGCUAAUGACUUACCAUCAGGAAAAUUUUAUCAUAAUUUUAAAUAUGACUACACCAAUAUACAGCAAUAUAGUAGCAAAUGUAAUAAAUUAACAGCUCCAAACAAUAAAAAACCUAGGGUUAAAGCACUUUGCAUGCAAAUUCUAAAAUAUUUAAAAACUAAGGAUGAUAUAUUAAAUAAUGAGAAGUCUCCGUAUGAUGUUUGUGUUCUUUUGAAUUAUGCGACAAUUACUAGAUUAAAUGAAAUUUUUGGACCUCAUAACGCCCAAAAUAUUACUCUAGCAUGGGCGAGUCUCAUUUAUGUAUGGAAUAGUUUUGUCGAUGAUAAUUUUAGUAAACCUCUUUAUAAAAAAUGUAAACCUAUUGAUAAUAUUUUAAUGUAUGACUGGCACAUAAGAAAGAUAUUGUACGAUUAUUUCGUGGAUUAUUCUGCUAUCAAAGGUUAUUUCAAAAAUUAUAAGGAUGAAUGCAAUAAAUAUUAUACGUACCUAGAAAUAAUUAUUGAUAUCUAUAAAUAUUUUGAUAAAUUUUGU